UGAACAUUGUGUACAGAGUUAAUUUCAAGUCGAUUUUUUUAGAAGAAGAUAUUUUUAGCAAUUAGGAAGAGAAGAAGGUUAUUAUAAUUUAUGGUUGUUCUUCACAGAUUUUUCUGCUCCCUUUAGGCAUACUUGUGCCUAUCUUAAUGGUCUUGUAAAAUUUUGAAUGAGAAGAAUGGAAGGAGAAUUACCCAACAUAAAGAAGUGGAUUGUUUUGUACCCUGUCUACAUAAAUUCGAAAAAGACAGUAGCUGAAGGAAGGAGAAUUGGCCUGAGCAAGGCAUGCGAGAAUCCUACUUGCGCUGAGAUUGGUGAUUGCUGCAGCUAUCUUAAAAUUCCCUUUGCAAUUGAGAUAGACAAGGCAUACCCACGAGAUUUUAUGCAACGGGGUAGAGUGCGGGUAUUGCUGAAAAAGGAGGAUGGGACGCUAUAUAAUCCUUCCAUUACAUCCAGAAAAAGUCUGAUGCUUCGGGUGGCGGAGAUGGUGCCCAGACAUCAUGGGAGGGCAAAGAAGCAGGAACCUGCAUCAACAUCAGCAUCAGCCGGACCCUCCAACAAAUCUGGGAAAGGUGGAAGGAAGAAGAGAUAGAACCCUGUCUAGAACUAUAACAUGUUGGUGUUAGGUUAUCUUGCUGAAUUCAAGCUUUCCCAUCCCAGUGUGUUUAACUUGUUGCGUAGGGUGCAAGCCAUCUAGCCAUUGAGGUUCUACAUAUUUUGCUUAUAAAAGGUUUUCUCAUAGGAUUUAGUUCGUCAAAUCUGAACAGGAAUUUCCGUGUAUGUUAGAUUUGUCCAUUAGAAACAUCAAAUGAGAUUAAAGCAGGUCUAUCUAUGACUUUAUGUUUUGCUUUACAGAAAAGCUUUGUUUGGAUAGUGAGUUUUCAUUAAUAUUGGCAUCAUCUUCUUGUAAUUUGCAUUACAAUGAAUAAGGUUAUCGGGUGCUUUCAG